UGUUACUGUUACUUUGGUUAGCUAGUUAGCUGAACGUCCAUUACAUCACAUCACUCGCGUCGGUUAGGCUGCGCUGUGUCUCACUUGCUGUGGAGUGUGUUGUUCCUGCGGAAAGGCAGCACAAUCUUAGAAAUUCCUGUGUGUUUCGCCAGGCCGUUAGAACGGUAUAUAAACCCUCGUGGCUCGUAGUAUCAUAUCAGGCCUCAAGCAAGUAACGUUUCGACUGCCAUCCUUCAAGAAACAAACACGCUCUUCCGAGGAAACGAAAAUAAAACAUCUCAACCGCAACCAUGAAGUUCCUCGCUGUCACCGCUCUCCUCCCUCUUCUGGCAUCUGCUCUUCCAGCCAAGAGACAGAUUGACAUUCCUCCGUUCACCGUGACGGCUGCUCGCUCUGGUUCUCCGAUUCAUCUGCUGCCUCUCCAGGCCGCCGGCCAGUCCUUCUGGCUCGGUGGUAGCCCUGCUACUUACUGCCCGGCUGGCGAGGGUAUUGUUUGCCCACCUGGCACGGACACGGUCAUUGUUGGUGCUUCUGCUUUGGAUGUCGAAGUUCCCGGCGGCCAGCUCAUCUACGUCGACCCCUCCGGCGCUCUCUCCUUCACCCAGGCUCACUCCAUCAACAUCCCCACCGGUUCCGCCGUCGGUCCAUUCCAAUAUGAGGCCGGUCAACCCUUCGGCCACUGGACCUUCACCGGGUGGAACAGCACCGGCUUCAUGGCCUGCCCACAGCCUCAGGGUAACACCACGAACUGGCGCGUCUAUGCUGCGAUCUCCAAUGCCACUGUCCCUACUGGCAACAUUGGCGACUGCCUCGGCUUCGAUGCCCUUACCUACCCGUGGCAGUCCAACAGCACUGCUGCUGCUUGGCAGUACAUCUAAACUCCUCGCUACGAACCUUGUAUAAAACCGCGAGUUCCGGCAGGGAUUCGCUCUUUAUGAACAAAGAUGUCCAUCAUACAUAAUUCGAUCUACCGGCGAAAAAAAGUGACCGGAGAGAUAUAUUCUCGUGGGGGAAAUGAUGACCACGAACAUAUAGAUUUCAUAGACUUCUGUUCAUUUGUGUUAUUUCCAUUAAUGUGUAGAUAGCUAUCUACGACAGUUUACAUACAAAUUUGAACA